GAAUCUGCUGAGAGGUGGAUCCAGGGAGGAGGAGCUCGGCAUCCUGUGGCAGCUCUGACUGUACUGGGCCAGAUAUUAAAGAGCCCCAGGCGAGAGCCAGCCCUCAGCUCCUGCAAAUCCACUGCAUCCCUCACUUUUGACACAGGAGGAACUUGCCGAGAAGGGGAAAGGGGCGAGAGAAUGUACUCCCUUCUCUUGUUGGUCCUGAGCUUUUGUUUGCCCUACUCCAGUUUGGGAACAGGUCAAUGGUGCUACGACAUUCAGAACGUCGACUGUGGACCCGCCACCUGGAAGAAUGAUUAUGCAAAGUGUGGGCUGAACAAGCAGUCUCCCAUCAACAUUGUAACCAAGAAAGCUAAAUUUGAUGAAAACUUGACUCCCUUUAUCUUUCAUGGCUAUGAUCAUGUUGAUCACUGGUCCAUCGGAAACAAUGGUCACACAGUUACUGUGACAUUAAACGAAGGCAUUACCAUCAAAGGUGGAAACCUUCCGCAUACAUACAAAGCAGCACAGUUCCAUUAUCAUUGGGGAACAGAUACUGAUCCUGGAUCAGAGCAUACAAUAGAUGGGGAACAGUAUCCCAUGGAGAUGCAUAUUGUCCACUAUAAUGAAAAAUAUGGUUCCUUGGAAAAUGCUCUCAACCGUCCUGAUGGUGUGGCUGUGCUGGGAUUUCUAUUUGAGAAAUCAAAUGAAAAUAAUGAAGGAAUGAAUCUCUUCAUCCAAGCGCUGAAAUCUGUUUCAAAAUCUGGUGACAGCGGUCAGUUAAAAUCAUUUGCACUGAAUAAACUUAUUCCAGACCGUGAGAAGCUUAAGAAAUACUACCGCUACCAAGGCUCAUUGACUACACCUGGCUGUGAUGAGGCAGUAAUCUGGACAGUAUUUGCAGAACUCAUUCCUAUCAGCAAAAACCAGCUCAACAGUUUUUCUGCCAGUCUCUUCUACAAUGAUUCAGAACCUAUGAAAUUAAACUUCAGACCCGUUCAAAAACUAAACGAUCGUCCAGUCUAUGUUUCAGAUUCAGCUAUGAGGCUUUUCAAUGCAGUAUGGCUGUCAGUAAUACUUGCAAUCUGGACAUCUAUAUUCUUCAACUGAGCAACCUAAGUGAAGCAGACUUUCUUCUUCUGUCCAGCAGGUAUAAAAGGAACCUCUAGUGGUAUAAAUAUCUCAGUCUGUACUAAUUAAUAAUAAUUAACAUUCUUCUUCUCAUUUUGAGAAGUCCUGGAAUGAAAAAGAAACAAAACAAACACUGUCUUGUUAUCACUUCAGUCUACCAGCACACUUAGCAGAUGGGUGGUAUUUCUGUAGUAGUUUAUAAUUUUUAGUGUAUUUGUGCACUGGUACAGUAAAGAUUGUUUCAAGGUAAAAUCUCAAUAGAACAUGGUUUGAACAAAUUAUGAAUUGUCCUUCACAACCGAAGUCUAGUUUUCACACAUGCUGUACAAUACUGGACUGUGGUUUUUAAUAAUAAUAGAUUAGAAUAUUACAAAUGAAAGAAAAUUGAAGCCCUUGAACUUGCAAACACAACCUGCCAAAAAUAGAGUGACCACAAUUGGUUGCUGAAACAAGAAGCACCCAGAAAGCUCUCUCUUUUAUCUUAAGUAGCUUUCUCCCCAGGUCCAUCUAACUGGCAUCAUUUCAUCACAAUAAACUUAAAAAUAGUGGGAGGGAUGAUUUCAAGCACCAGUCGUUUUAAAUUAGGCUCCCACCCAUGCGUGGCAGAAUGAGAACAUUAGUGAUUUUAACCACUGCCCUGUGGAAACAAUUUUGAUAAGGCUUUGCAGAGAGUACAAAGGAGAUUUGCUAGAAUUCUACAAAGGGUGAAGUACUAGUUUAUGUAAGGAGACUGAAGAAGCUGGAAUUCACCUCAGCAUAGCGAAUGUUAAGGGGCGAUUUAAUAAAGCUGUUCAAGCUAUGUGGGGUUUUAAUAAAGUAGAAUGAUUCAAAUAAUAGGCAAGUUAAUCAAAAGGGAGUUGAAGAUGAUUUAUUUUAACAUAGCAAGUUGUUGCAGUCUGGUGAGGAUUAGAAUUGUAAUUAACAUCUGCGGGAUGAGUUGGGUGCCUUGCCAAUGAAUUGGAAGACCUGGUUUAAAGUGAGGAUGUGAGAUCCAGGUGGAACAUUGUCAGGUAAAUCACUGGGUGAAUUUUACUGCCACUGUACCUAAAUUCCAGUGUUAUGCAUAAAAUUACAGUCUAACAAAUAUAUCCGGAUGGAAUGAGCUAUGCUCAGAUCCAUCUCAUCGUUAUCUGCCAAUUCAAAUACUGAUAACAAUUUCUUAAUAUGUCAAAAUGAAAUUUAAAUCAAAAGCUUCUCGAGUUGCUUUCCCAAGGUUUCCCUUUAAAAUAGAUCCACUUCACAUUUGUUUAGGCUUAUGGUGUUAACAAAGAUGUAUUGAAGGAUCAGGUAAAUUAUUUGAUUUUGUACAUUUUCAUUUUGCAGUUAAAUCCUAUCAGAAUGAAGCUGGUUGCAGUUAUUUUACUGGAUAGUACAUAUGAAAUUGAUGUUUUCAAAGUUUGUGAGAAGAUUUGUAGCUUGGGUGCUCGUUGUUGUGGUUCUGUUCGCCGAGCUGGGAGUUUUUCUUGCAAACGUUUCAUCCCCUUUUCUAGGUGACAUCUUCGGUGCUUGGGAGCCUCCUGUGAAGCGCUUCUGUGCUGAUUCCUCCGGCAUUUAUACUGAUUUGAAUCUG